AUACCUGUCGUCUGACUCAAUUUCUCAUAUUUCUCAUUUUCUCAUCACCAUCAACAACAUCAAAAUCCAAACAAGUGUAGCAGGAACUUGAAAUGGAAGUAGAAAUACUGGACAUCGGUGCAGCCUGCAGGUUGUGCCUUUCCGUCAGCUCGAAUCACAUACCUAUAUUUCAUGAAUCCGAAGCAGAUUUUAUGGAUCCUGCAUCUUUGCCUCAGAGAAUCGGAACUUGUGUGGGGUUUGAGGUGAGAGAAAAUGACGAUUUCCCGUCUUUGAUCUGCUGUAGCUGCCUCCAGGAGGUUGAUCGGUGGUUUGUUUUUCGUACCCAAUGUCGAAACACUCAUGAACUUCUGAGCAAGGUUCUUGUCGAGGGAUGCCAGUUUGUGGCAACACCUGUACAAGUAAAGGCUAUUGGAUCAAAGGAAGCGAUAGAAAUUACUGUUCCAAAUGAAUCAUCGGAAAUGGAAAAUGCUGUCCAAGGGCACUGUGACUCUGAUGAACAGGGCAACCACACUUCUACUAUUAAACCUGUGAAAUCCGGAGAUCAGAUGGUCAAUGAUGGCAAAAUCCCUUCAGAAAGUUUUGACAAUGAUGACAAUGAGGCCAACAAUGAGCCUUUUGAAAUUGGCAGUGCUUCUGAUGAUGAUGAUGAUAAUGUUGAUGAUGAUGAUGUUGAUGAUGAUGAUGAUGAUGAGAAUGAUUUUUCUGGUGAUAAUGGCCUCUCUGGAGAAACCAGUGAUGACACUAAAUGGCGCCUGAAACCUGUAUCCUGUCCAAUAUGUUCAAAAUCCUUCAGCAAGCACUCUGGUGUUAAAACCCACUUGAGGAUUGUUCAUACUGUACUAAAGUUAUAUCCUUGUUUAAUAUGUGCUCAUGUCUCCUGCUUGAGCAGUGGGCGUAUUAAGCAUAUUGCUAAAAGACACCCAGAAGAAAUUUUAAAAAAGAACACUUGCAGAAUUUGUGGAAUUCGUGUGAAAACCAAUAGCUCAUUUCAGCGGCACCUAAGAAAACAUGCAAGUGAGCGUGUGUGUAAACUUUGUCAUUUAGAGCUAGAUUCCAUUGAAGCAUUGAUUAAACACAAAAAAACUGUUCACCAACACCGAGAGGAGCCUCCUGAUGGGAUCGAUCAUAAUUUCUUCUGUCAUCACUGUGAAAAUGUCUCAUUUUGGAAGGAGUCGGACUGGAGAGCACACUACCUAGAUGUCCAUAAUACAGAAGAUGUUUUUCCAUGCAAUAUGUGUGACAAAGCAUUCAGGAGCAAGAGUUUCAGAGCAGAUCACAUGCGCUAUCACACAGGUGAAAAGCCUUUCAUGUGUGAACAAUGUGCCUCUAGAUUUUCUUCCAAGCACGCUCUUAGAAAUCAUAUGCGAAAACAUACAUCAAAGUUCCAGUGUGAUGUAUGUAACAAAAGAUAUACAUCAAAUGCAGGCCUAUACUAUCACAAGCGUACACACACUGGGGAGAAACCGUAUGUGUGUCAUGAAUGUGGUAACCCCUUCAAAUCACAUCAAGGUCUACAGUUUCACAUGCGCAUCCACUCUGGAGAAAAACCGUAUGGCUGUGACAAAUGUGAUUACACAUGUAGAACUUCAUCUGCUUUGUAUUCGCACAAAGUUUCACAUACAGAUGAACGCCCUUUUAAGUGUGAUGAUUGUGGGAAGACUUUUAAAAUGAAAUCAUGGCUGAGAGAACAUAAAAAAACACAUUCUGGAGUUAAAAAUUUUGUUUGUGAAAUUUGUGAGCAUGCAUUCAUUGCUGCUUAUCAGUUAAGGAGCCAUAUGAAGACUCACUCAGGUGAACGGUCGCAUGUCUGUGAAUUCUGUUCAAAAACAUUUGCAAGAAGAGAUACAUUGAUGGAGCACUUGAGAACCCAUACUAAGGAGACAAAAUACUCAUGUCAAAGCUGCAACAAAGAUUUUAUGUUUUUGAAGCAAUUUAAGAAACAUAAAUGCUCUAGUUCUAGUUCUUUACUUGAGACUGUGCAGGAGUUGACUGUCUCUAGUUGUUUUGAUGACAGUGAUUAGUGGUUUGUGUCGGGUAUCAAUUGAGAUUUAAAAAUUUGGCACAGUAAAAUUUUAUUUUUAUUA